GGGUGUGUAUCUAUAGUAUCGCGCUGCUAAUUAGUUUACUACGGCUCAGUAACACUUUUUCGUCGGUGCAGUUAGCUGCAUCUGAAAAGAACCCGUUAAUCGUCCGAUUUUGUGAUUAAUUUGACAGUUUUAGAAAAGUGAACUUUAACAACAUGGAAGAAAUUCAACUUAGCAAAGAUCAAUUGAAAAAUUUGAAAAUGGCAUUUGACGCGUUCGAUCAUGACAAAAAAGGGUGUAUCGGCACGGAACAGGUAGGCACAAUUCUAGGUAUGCUUGGCCACGAAAUUCCAGCUGAAGAGCUUUCAGGAAUUAUUUUGGAAGUUGAUACGUGGGGAAGUGGUGAGUUAAAAUUCGAGGAAUUUUGUCAAAUAGCGUCGCGCUUUCUCGAAGAGGAACCUGAUACGGAAGCGAUACAGCAGGAAUUACGAGAAGCAUUCCGAUUGUACGAUAAGGAAGGCAAUGGUUAUAUUACUACUGAUGUGUUCAGAGACAUCCUUCACGAAUUGGAUGACGCAUUAUCUCCGGAGGAGCUUGACAUGAUCAUAGAGGAGGUGGACACUGACGGAUCUGGCACGCUCGAUUUCGAUGAAUUCAUGGAGGUCAUGACAGGAUAAAUUAUGACUUUGGCACCGCGCAGAUGCACCAUGUCGAUCGCCCACGUAUCGAACGAGUGUGCCUGUACAAACAGAGAAGCCGAAAUCUUUUCGAAGUUGAUGCUGGCAGAGUAUAAGUUCGCUCGUUUAUCACAUACAAGAAAAAGUAGUGAAAUUUAUUUUGCGGGGUUGCGAUGAAAGAUGAUCAAAGAUAAAUCCUAAAGAACUCUUAAUAUUUAUAGAUUGCGAAAUGUCAGGUAGAAUUCGAGAAAGAUUUCGGGGUCUCUGAGAUAAUAUUUCAAACUAUAAGACCGACAAUAAUUGGUACUUUGAGAUUUAUACUGCUCUUACUUUGUCAAGAUUACAAAACUGCUAUUCUUUACCAGGA